AUGCGCAGCAAGCAGCAGCCGAGGCCUUCCUUUCGGUGGCCGCAGCAACGCGGCGAUAAUCUUACCGGGGAGGACGGAGUCGAAGGCUCAGGGCCCGGCGCGGACCUCCAAGGGGAAGAGGGCGAUUGCGUCGAGGAUGACCGGCCAAUUAGUCCUAGCGAGAGAGGUUGCACGACGGCAGCCAAAGAAGAAGAGGAUGGGGACGCGACCGACGAGGAAGACGACGAGGACGCAUCGCCGCCUACGCCACCACCUUCCGCAACCGCGAGACUGAAUCCAACCAUUUUAAGGGACACAGGACCGCCGGACAGAGAGCCAAUGAGUCCACGUUGCCCCUCCAGAGAUUCUCGGGAAUCGUCCGGCCCGGCGACCGGAAGUCCUCCGCCACCAGCGACGAGGAGCACCGCGAGUCCGGUCAGUCCGAGCGGUAUCGUGCCACUGCCGCUCGGUAGUCAUCCUCUGCUACCGCCCCAUUCCGCGGCGAUGAUGGCGGCCUAUCUCCAACAAACGCAUCAAAGAUUGCUGCUCGGCCACUCGCCCCUGUCCCGUGGCUCGGUGUCGCCUCUGGUUUCCUCCUCGUGUUCUCCACCGGCCGCCACUCCCAGUCUUCUGGUAUCGCCGAGCAGCGUCGGCGAGGUGUCGCCCUCGGCCACCCCGUUGCCCGCGGUGCUGGACUUUAGCACGAGGAAAGCGUCGUCGACCGAGGACGACGAGGAGGAACAGAUACUGAACCUGAGCAAACCACCCACCCCUUCCUCGUCCACGGAGGCGAACAACGGGCCGUUGGAUCUAUCGGUGCCGAGUAGAAAACGACCGGGUCCGGAGGAUUCGCCGCCCCUACCGGUUCGCAAAUCCUCCAGGUUAUCCGCGAGCACGGCGGCCGCGGCAGCAGCGGCAGCGGCAGCAGCAGCGGCGGCGGCGGCACAUCAAGAGGCCGCUCAAGCGGUCACGGCCGCUGGUUUCGGCAGGCCACCCGUCGUUUCACCGUGGACAUCGCCAGUGGUGGCCUCCCACUUUCCCUAUUUCGCGGCCGCGGUCGCGGCAGCGGCUACUAGUCAGCAGCAACUCUCGCCGAAAAGCACCGCCGGGGUGGUCGAUCAUCAUCAGCAACUGUGGAACGGCAAGAUGAAACCACCGUCCGCCCUAGACAAGUCCUAUCAGCCGAGCGAGGCGACCAAAGCGCUGGAGAAGAUGAGCGAACUGAGCAAACUCGGCGGCGAGGAUCUGUUCAGAUCGAGUACGAGCGGCGCGAGUGGCGGAUCGGGUAGUGCCGCGGCAGCAGCCGCAGCAGCGGCCGCGGCGGCCGCGGUCGCCGGGAACGCGAGCGGUGGUUCCACGUCCGGUAGCCGACACAGUGCCUGGCAGUCCCACUGGCUGAACAAGGGAGCCGAUCAAGCAAAGGACGUGCUCAAGUGCGUCUGGUGCAAGCAAAGUUUCCCCACGCUCGCCGCGAUGACGACGCACAUGAAGGAGGCGAAACACUGCGGCGUGAACAUGCCGGUCCCGUCCGCCGCGUCCGCGCUCCAUCCGCAGCCGCCGAACGUGCCGAGCAUCGCGGCGCCGCAACAGCCGCAUCAGCCGCAUCAGCCGCAAACCACCGGGUCCAGCAACAUCGGCGGUCCCGCCGGCAGCGGGGGUGGUUCCGCGACCCCGAGCAGCAAGCAGAGUCCAUCCGAGCUGAAUCUGCUGAUCAAGGAGACGAUGCCGUUGCCGAGGAAACUCGUUCGCGGCCAAGACGUUUGGCUGGGCAAGGGUGCCGAGCAGACCCGACAGAUUCUCAAGUGCAUGUGGUGCGGUCAGAGCUUCCGAUCGCUCGCCGAGAUGACGUCGCACAUGCAACAGACGCAACACUACACCAACAUCAUCUCCCAGGAGCAAAUCAUAUCGUGGAAAUCGUCGGACGAGAGCAAGGCUGGCAGCGGCGGCAGCGGUGGCAGCGGCGGCGGUGGCGGCGGUGGCGGCGGCGGCGGCGGCGGCGGAGGUGGCGCUGGCGGCGGCGGUGGUGGCGCGGCGAUAUCCACCGGUGGCGCGUCCGGACCGCACGCCGGAAACCCUACCGGCCCGGGUUCCGGCGCCACCAGCAGUCACGUGAGCGCCGUGCUCACCUGCAAGGUUUGCGAUCAAGCGUUCAGCUCGUUGAAGGAACUGAGCAACCACAUGGUGAAGAAUUCCCAUUACAAGGAGCACAUAAUGCGCUCCAUCACCGAGAGCGGCGGUAGACGACGCCAGACGCGGGAGAAACGCAAGAAAUCGUUACCGGUGAGAAAACUGUUGGAGCUGGAACGGGCGCAGAACGAGUUCAAGAACGGCGACGCGGCGACCGGGUUGACGCACAGUCUCGGGAAACACGCCGGACGCAUAACCUGCGAAAAGUGCGGCGACAAGAUCGAAACGACCAUCUUCGUGGAUCAUAUACGUCAGUGCAUCGGUGCGGGUACCGUGGGCGCGAAUCAACGAAACUUCCUAAAGAACGCGUUGAUGUCGAAUCAUCUGCCGGCGACGUUACCGCCGAGCGAAACCGGUCGCAAAAGCGUCACCGAGGACGGUUCGUCCGUUUCCUCGAGGCAUCAUCGGUCCCCCUCGUCGGCCAGCGACGCGACUACCCCGGGAAAGGAUACGCCGACUCCGACCACCGGCGAGACGACCGGCAGCUCGUCGCCGUCCGUGUUGAACGCCAUCGAGAAACUGAUAGAGAAGAGUUUCGAUUCGCGCGUGAGGCACGGCACGCCGGGGCUGCACCACGCUCAACCGGGGGCCCCGAUGGGUACCAGUAUCUUGAAACGACUCGGCAUCGACGAGAGCGUCGAUUACACGAAACCGUUGGUCGAUCCGCAAACCAUGAACCUCUUACGGUCGUAUCAGCAACAACACCAGCACCAGCAGCAGCAACAGCAGCAGCAGCAGCAGCAGCAACAGCAGCAGCAACAACACUACGCGACGAGUACGGCCGCGCGGCGGGAACGCAGCGGAAGCGAGUCGAGUUCCGUGUCGGAACGCGGAAGCGGCGGUAGAACCGACGCGAUGACGCCCGAGAGACGCGUCGAUCUGUCCUCGGUCGGCCACUCGGACACCAGGCAUUCCCACCAUCACCGGGUCACACCGGACAAGCAACUCGGCACGCAAAACAUACCCUCGAGUCGUCAUCAUCAUCCGAUCACCACCGAGGAGUCCGGCGACGAGGAAUCGGCGACCAACGCGUCCGCCUCGGCUGCCGCGGCGAGUUCGGUCGUGGUGAAGAAGGAACCCCGAGACGAGGAAUCGGAGGAACGAGUGGCGAACGAGGAGGAACAUUCGCAGUCGCAAUCGCAGUCCCAGGCGAAUCGCGAGGUAUACGUGAAGAAGGAGAUCAUAGAGGAUUGCAGAGAGGAGGAGGAGCAAGGUUCGUUCAAUCAUCGACGGAGCAGUAGCUUGCACGAAGGAUCGGAGGAAGGUCGAGAGGUGUUGUCGCCGCGAAUGAACCCACCGACACCGAGAUCGAGCGGACAACCGGAGCAGCUCGCGCGCAGUCCGUGCAGAAACAGCACCAGCAGCCCGACGAGCAGCGAUCGGUCGGUAACGCCGCGCGGCACGCCGGACACCAAGGGAUCCAGCAGCCUCGGGGCCCUCUCUUCCAUGUUCGACAGCUUGUCCGGCGGUGGCGGCGGAGGCGGCGGCGGCGGCGGCGGCGGCGGCGGCGGUGGAGGUGGCGGAGGAGGUGGCGGUAGCGGCGGAGGCGGUGGUGGCGGCAGCGGCGCUGCUGCGGCCGCGGCUGCCGCGGUCUCUCAGACCACCGCCGGCGGCCCGCCACCGGCCGGUCACAGUUCUUCCUCGCCCCCGACUUCGCAGCGCAACAAGUCGCCGCCGCUUCCGCAGGCGAACGGUAGCCCGUCUCAGUCAGCGGCCUCUCCCCUCGAGGAGAGCCCGCACUCCAAAUUUCUCAAGUAUACGGAGCUGGCCAAGCAGUUGUCCAGCAAGUACGUAUAGUCCGAGCCCCGUAAGUAGCGGUGCCACUUGUACAUAAGUGUAUCUAUACUGUAACGACUGUAACUAGCGACGCGAUUGGACACCGCGUUUCACCUCCUUCGAACCUCCGCCUCGAGCCAUCCAUCCUUUCGUACGCGCCAUUCCAUUAUCCGGACGCCGGUGUGUUUCGCCUGCCUCCUUGCUCUCGUCUCCGUCGUCACACACUUUUCUCCCUGGCCCUCUGUUACCUCGCUAUCAUCCCCCUUGUCCUUACCUCGUGCCAUUCUCCUCCCAUCCACGUUACUCCGUUUCCCCGUGCGUUCCCCCAGUCGGGAAUCGAUCAUCGUUCGAACGAGCAUCGUCACCGGAUAAUCGAGUCGCGCUACGAAACGAGAGAGGAGGUGGAUAUCGAACGUGCGUUGAUUAAAUUGUGAUGCCACCAUAUCUCGCGGCACUGCUGAGUCAAGGGGCUCGGCGAGCGGCCAAGUUUGUGAUUUUAUAAAUACUUAAGGACAUUUACGACUGGCGUUGAGAGAGCGAGAGAGCGAGAGAGCGAGAGAGCGAGAGGCGAUACGACCGAGUGAACGAACGAGCGUGUGCGAGCGUGCAAACUACCCCGACCGAUAGACCGACAGACCGACCGAUCGUGUAUAAGUGAGAGAGACAAAGAGAGAAUGCGCGUGUGUUUGUACGCGGGUGCGUAUGUGCGUGAGGAAGCGGACAGAGCGAACGCGCGGUGAGAGAACGAAUCGGAUGAAACGACGAGAGAAAGAGAGGGAGAGAGAGAGAGAGAGAGAGCGAGAGAGAGAGCGAGAGCGAGAGAGAGAGCGAGAGAGCGCGCGAGAUGAGAGGGAAGCAAAGGCAGCGAGGAUAGCGAAUAGAAUUUUCCAAGGUGUAGGACGGGAAGGCUUUACCUAUCACACAGCUGUCGUAAGGUCAGAUCAGCAUGUAUACCUCUAGAACAUAAGAGCGUAGUUGAUUAGCGCAUAGGCUAGGCUAGGGUCCGCCCUUGUAUAGGAACCUCUUUGUUGAUACUUAGAGCUGCGCGAAACCGGUGAGAUCGUUCGGGAUCGAACCUCCUCGAGAGUCUACGAGUUCGGAACGAACCGAAACACAACGACGGUUACGAAGACGAACGGAGAGUGAGAGAAGCGGCAUAUAAAAUGAAGCAUCGAGAAGCAACGAGAUACGGUGCAAUAGCGAGGCUCGCAGUUAUACUGGUGAAACACGUGCGCGGGGCGAGUCGAGCGCGCGCGACGCGGCCUCCUCGAACGUUAUCGUUUUCCUUCGCUCGUAGCCUACGAGUAGACCAUUGUAAAUUUUCUUUGUUCAAAUAAUAUUUAUUGCGUCGUGCGAGUCACCACGCGACGUUUUAAGUGUAAAAUACUGUCAUUACUAUCGCUCGGAUUAUCGCGAAUACCCCGUGUAUAUUGAUUACGAUUACGAUUAUUCUCUAAUUACGAUUAACGAAACGAUGAAACGAAAUGGAAAACGAGGUCCUCCGUGGUCCCUCGGACUAGCUAACUAGAACGCGCGACCACGCCAACGAUAAUCUCCAGCGAAUCGUCUUCUGCCUGCUCGCGUGCGUGCUAUGCGUGCUAUGCGUGCGUGCCGUGCGUGCGUGCGUGCAUUCGAACUGAAAAGGAAGGAGCGAGAGUGAGAGAGCGAGAAAGAGGGAGAGAAAGAGAGCGUGCGAGAAAGCGAAGCGGGCAAAGACGAAACCGCGAGAGGAAGGAAUGAAAGCCGAACGAGCACGAUCGCGCGCGAGAGGUAUAGGCAAUAGGGCGAAAACGCGAAAAGGCACGAGGACUGGAGCUAGAAGGAGAGAAGGAGGAAGAAAAAGGGAAAAAAAGUACGCCGAAGGGGCGAUGAUUGCGCGCGUUCGAGGACGAGCAAGCGCAGUUUUUGGAGCGGAACACACUUGUAUACGUAUUUCUUGUAAACUCUAAUUCUUCCAUCGC